UCUCACCUCUAUCCAAACACAAAACAGCACUUUCUACUUCUAGCUAUUACACAAGCUCGCUAUAAAUACUUACUGAUCGAUCACUGCUGAGUGUUUUUCAGUAAGCUGCCUCUUUUUCAUUACUCCAACAAACACUGUGUAUGUGAGAGAGAGAGAAACUUAGAAAGAGUUCUACUUCAAAAUCAUAUCUCACCUGCAUAUAUACAUGGAUGUUUUCUCUCCUUAUAAUUCCCCAGACUCCGAGAGUAGUAGCUAUGGUCGCGGGCCGAACUUUUCCGACGAGGAGGUUCUGUUGGCUUCCAGGAAUCCGAAGAAACGUGCCGGCAGGAAGAAGUUCAAGGAAACCAGGCACCCAGUGUAUCGGGGUGUCAGGAGGAAGAACUCCGGCAAGUGGGUGUGCGAGGUGCGCCAGCCCAACAAGAAGUCCAGGAUAUGGCUGGGGACGUUCCCCACUGCCGACAUGGCGGCGCGCGCUCACGAUGUCGCAGCAAUAGCGAUGCGUGGUCGGUCUGCUUGCCUUAAUUUCGCCGACUCGGUGUGGAGGCUGCCGGUGCCAGCGUCCGGGGAUGCGAAGGAUAUUCAGAGGACUGCUGCAAAAGCGGCGGAGUUGUUUCGGCCGGCAGAGUCGUUGGACGAAUCAACAUCGCCGGCGGAUGAAGACGAGAGGGAGUGGCCGAAGAGUAUUUUCUUUGGGGAUGAAGAGGCGGAGUGCGGGAUGACAGUGUGGAGGCUGGUGGCAGAUAUGGCAGAGGGGAUGCUUUUGCCUCCGCCUUACUGUGCCGGAAAUGAUUUUUAUAAUGAUGACGUGGAAGCUUCAGCUGACGUGUCAUUAUGGAGUUACUCCAUUUAGUUGUUUCUGUUUUUACAGUAACACAAUUUUUAAUAGAGUUGAACAUUUUUAAUAGAGUUUUCUUUUUAAUACCGUGUGGUGAGCAUUUGAGUGUAUAAUGUUCGAAAAUAGAAUGGAUUUUUUUAAGAGAAAUUUUCAUUAUUUAUUAUUUUAAAAAAUUUACA